AUGGGGCUGGCGCAGGUAGUGCUGCUGCUCCUCAGCUUGCUGGGCACUGCUGGGGGGGCUGCGGAUGCGCACUGGGGUGCCGGGCACCCCCGGGUUUGCUUCUUCGAGCCGCUGGGCAGCCAGGAUGCUGAGCUGUGCAGGGGGGAGCUGGAAGUCGUGUACCCCGAGCUGGGCGACGUGGGCUGCACCUACAUCCCCGCGUGCCGCCGCUACCGGUGGCGCCUCGGCCGCGAGUGGAGCAGCCCCUGCGUGCGCUACGCGCGCGCCCAGCAGGACAAGAAGUACGUGUUGGUCAUGGUGGACCCGGACGCUCCCAGCCGCGCCGAUCCCAGCCAGCGCUUCUGGAGACACUGGCUCGUCAGCGACAUCCGGGGCACCGAUCUGCGGGCCGGCCGCCCCCGGGGCCACGUGCUGACGGAGUACGCACGCCCGGCACCACCGGCCCGCAGCGGCUACCACCGCUACCAGCUCCGCCUGUACGAACAGCCGGCACACGAGGCCGUCGCCCUGAGCACUGCAGAGCUGCUUUCGCGGGGUGCCUGGUCCAUGGAGCGCUUCGUGGAGCGGUUCCGGCUCGGCUCGCCCGUUGCCUCCACCCAGUUCCUCACCAAGCACGACGGCGACUAG